AUGGCGAACCACCCCCACCAAUCGCAAAUGGCCUACGAACCUGACCCUCUAUGCAUCACAACCAUGAACUGCAGGGGCCUAAAUAUCCCGGAGCGCAGAUCGCACCUUCUCCGAGAGCUUACCUCUAAGCGCGUAUCGAUUGCUUUCCUACAGGAAACACACUUUAAGGAAGGACAUGCUCCGCCGUUGAAGAGCAAACACUACCCCACUGCGGCUCUCAGCAACCACCCGACUGCACGUAAGGCUGGUGUAGCAGUUCUCACCCAUGCUCAACUACAGUUCCAGGAAGUGGAGCGACUGGUUGACCCUAAUGGCAGAUACCUGUUCAUUAAGGGAGACAUACAAAACCGUAGGUACACCCUCGCGACGAUAUACGCACCAAACAACAACCAAUCACACUUCAUACGUAAAUCUCUCUCCAACCUCUCCUCAUUCACGGAGGGCACGUUAAUCGUUGGAGGAGAUAUUAAUGUUCCCCUCAUCCCUCUCAUAGAUUCAUCCACGGGACAUAGCAGCAUCACCCAAGGAGCCAUCCGAAGCAUUCAAAAAACACUAAAGAACCUUAGGCUGGUGGAUUGCUGGCGAGCGAUGCACCCGGCAGACAGGGAAUACACUCACUACUCGGUGAUACAUAAGCGAUACGCAAGGAUUGACUACAUUUUCCUUCAACAGGAACAUCUUGACGCUAUCCAAACAGCAGAAAUCGGAACAGCAAGCUGGUCGGAUCAUGGUCCUGUGACCCUGCAAAUGGACUCCCCUAGGGUACGCCCAACCACUAGGUUGUGGCGACUCCAGGACUCAUUACUCUUGGACCCAUCAGUGAAGGAAAAGGUUUCCGAGGAACUCACCUCCUAUUUCACACUGAAUGAGACAGGUGAUCUUCCCGCGACCACGAUAUGGGAAGCGCACAAAAGUGUGCUCAGAGGGACACUGAUGCGCCUAGCUUCUCAGAAGAAGAGAGAAUCUCGGAAACAUAUAACAGACCUGCUAACGCGCAUAACUACGCUUGAACUGCAACAUAAACGUUCACAACUCGAGGGGACGUAUAAAGAAUUAUUGGAAGCUCGAAGAUCUCUACAUACACACAUGACGAAACGACACUAUAGCUCCAUACAACGAUCGAAGGCCUUCUUUUACCAACACGCCAACAAAGGAGGGCGACUGCUGGCCAGAAUGCUUAGAGGCCCCCAAGGCAUGACCCAGGUACAUAAACUACGGACAUCAGAUGGCACGAUCACACAAUUCCCGGACAAAAUAGCAUCCGAGUUUCGCACAUUUUACGCCUCGUUAUACAACAUCCCGGGACCCACACUACCGGAGGAGGUAACACUCAGACGGGAUAGAUUAAGGAGUUAUAUCGAAUCACACAUGAAGACGAGGUUGCAGCAAGGGGAAUCGGAGUCCCUGGAUAUACCGAUUACGGAGGCAGAAGUUGCAGGGGCACUCAAGACCGCCAAAACGGGACGGGCCCCAGGUCCUGAUGGCUUUACCUUGGACUACUAUAAAAAGUUCCGAACCCUACUGCUCCCGAGACUCACCAACUCAUUUAACGCUUUGAUAGACGGCGCCCGACUCGGACCCGAAUCAUUAGCGGCAACUAUAACGGUUCUCCCGAAACCUGGGAAGGAUCCCGAACUCUGCAGUAGCUAUAGACCGAUAUCACUACUAAAUGUGGACGUGAAACUCCUCACUAAAAUACUAUCCACCAGAAUAGGGAAAAUGCUUCCGAGAUUGGUCCACCCAGACCAGACGGGGUUCAUCCCAGGGAGAGAAGCCAGGGACAGCACUCUUAGAGUGCAGGCCAUCCAUCACUUGGCAAAGAAAUCAACAGAUAAGCUCCUUCUAUUGUCAACGGAUGCGGAAAAAGCAUUUGACCGGGUUGACUGGACAUUCCUUAUGACCACGCUACGGGAAAUGGGCUUUGGAGAGAACAUGAUGAAAUGGAUUGAUGCGAUCUACCACUGCCCCAAUGCGAAGGUGAGAGUGAACGGAGCGCUUACCGACUCCUUCCAGAUCCACAAUGGGACAAGACAGGGAUGCCCACUCUCCCCCAUGCUCUUCGCCCUAGCUCUCGAACCGUUUCUGGAAGCGGUGCGCACAUCGGAUACAAUCAAAGGCUUCAAAAGCGGGGACACAACACACAAAGUAGCAGCAUACGCAGAUGACCUCUUAUUUUUUAUCACGGAACCGGAGGCAACAAUGCCACACUUAGUCACUAUGAUCACGGAUUACGGGGAGGUCUCAGGAUUCAAACUGAACAUGAAUAAAUGUGAAGUGCUUAACAUUACCACCCCAACGGCCCAAACAUCCACACUGAAGAACCAAUUUCCGUUUAGAUGGUGCGCAAACCAUAUGCGGUAUCUAGGUAUCGCAAUAACCAGAGACCUGGACGACAUGUAUCGUACAAACUUCCUACCACUACUACAACGAAUCCAACAAGAUUUGAAAACGUGGACAUAUCCACACAUCUCCUGGUUAGGCCGGAUCGCAAUACUUAAGAUGAAUAUUCUACCACGGCUGUUAUAUUUAUACCAGACGAUUCCACAAGCUUUACCGACGGCAUAUUUCGCGUCACUACGUUCCGCGAUGGUGAAGUUCAUCUGGCAUGGGAAACAGGCAAGACUACGACAGGAAGUCCUCUGCCUACCCCGAGCAUGGGGGGGAUUGGCACUCCCUGACCUCCGCAAAUACCACCACGCGACAGUACUACAACGCGUCCUUGAAUGGCAUACCCAACCGGAACAUAAACAAUGGAUCGAAUUGGACAAACAACAUAUAGGCCCCUCCUUCUUGACAUCAGUGUGGAAUACGAAGAAGAUGCCGCAGACGAAUUUGGAACCAUCCUCUACCGUGGCACAGACACUGAAAACGUGGGACUAUAUCAGAAAAGCUACUCACGUCUCUCCAGCACCGAGCCCGAUGAUCCAGAUACAAUACAACCCCCAGAUAGGGGGAGGACUACCACGGACAGCAUGGUCCUUCCUGGGAGAGAGGGAAUCACACCCCAUACAUAAGGUGUUGACUAACGCAGAUAUGAUCCCCCUGAGGGACCUAAUAGAGGAUGACCAACCCACUAGCCUACAGACCCUCCGUUAUAUACAACUCAGAACAUAUUACCGGACACUUCCAGACAAGGAAAAGUUACACAGGGACUUGACAUGGUUCGAAACGCUCUGCGAUCACAAGACUACUCUAGGUAAAGCGAUAUCCCUGCUAUACCAACACGUACUCGUGGGGCACCUCACUAACAACGACCAAUUCCGCAGACGCUGGGAACGCAUGCUAAAUACAUCUUUCACCACAUCCCAAUGGGAAAAGAUCCUCAUAUUACACCAUAAAUGCUCAUCGAGCUCCCAAUAUCAAGAAACCAACUAUAAACUUCUCUCAUUCUGGUACAGAACACCCGACAGUCUACACAGGAUCUUCCCGAAUGUACCUGACAUAUGCUGGAGAUGCGGAGAUGAACGUGGUUCGCCACUGCACAUAUGGUGGGAAUGCUCGCUCAUUAAGCCAUUCUGGGACGAAGUUCUACAGAAAAUAAGGGAUCUCACAGGGACGGAAGGAAACCUCAACGCAGAGGCAGUCCUCCUACACUCAACAUCGGAUCCCAUAAGCACAUACAGGAAAAACAUUCGUAGACACCUAAUCAACGCAGCCAAGGCACUAAUUCCAUUAUACUGGAAACAAACGAUUACCCCGACGAUAAGACAAUGGUUGGAACGGGUGGAAGAAAUAUAUAGAGCGGAAUUAAUACAGGCUACACUACGAGGACUAGAAGACAAGCAUUUGGAGAGGUGGCGCCCGUGGCUACUCUACAUAGCAGACCGAAACACAGAUAGCAACGGCCGUUCGCAACCCCAAGGAGCCCCAGGACCACCCACAGACGGGGACUGAUGCCUGGUCCGAUACAUACUACGCCGUGGUCACGGAUGACGGGACCACCUCUCCCUUCAUACUCCCCUAUCCCCCCUCACCCAGCUCUCCCCUCCUCUUCCCCCCCUCCUUUUCUCUUACUUCUUCCUCAAUUAACACUCAGCUUCUCUUUAAAACUCCCCAACAAUAG